AUUAAUACAGACGCUUUACCUUUACACAACACAGACAACAAUUUUAACACUAAAAUACUGUUCUAAACAGCAAUUAAACAAAAAAUGCGCGCUGAACUUGGACCAAACACUUGCCGUGUGUGCUUAGAGCCCAGCCAGCGCUUACAACGCAUUGACGAGUCCCGCGAGGAGGAUGAGGAGACUCCAAAUGAAAUGCUAAUACUGCUGCUGGGCAUUUCAUUCAGUAAGUUAAAUGGCAAAUACCAGAUACCGGAUGGUAUUUGCAAGCAAUGCAAGGUGGAGCUGAACAUGGCUUUUCAGUUUCGCGAGAAAGCUUUGCGCAAACAGGCCGAAAUCGAAGACUAUUGUCGUGAACUGGGCCUGCUGGAUGAAAGUGACGAUUAUCUAGUGAAGGACGAGUUGGAGUCACAACAUAAUCAACAAGCUGACGAUGAUGACAUGAAUGAGUUGGUGAUGAACGAAGUGCCGAGUCCCGAGGGUGAUGUUGUCGAUUGUGUCCAGGAGGAUGAGUUUGUGGAAGUCGAUGGCACGAACGACCCAGAAGAGGUUAUUACGGAUGACAUCGAGUACUUGGAGGACAACUAUACCAUAGAAAUGAAUCCCGAGCAUGAUGAAGUUAUACUCGAAACUAAAUACGAUGACACAGUUGCCUCUGGUGAUAUUAAGCUGAGACGAGGUCCCACACGUAUGGGCAUGAGCACAGCCAAGUCCGGUCAUGAGGAAUUGCAACAUUCUUAUAGCCACGCAACUGGUGGACUUGAAAUGAAAGCCAGGCGAGGACGGACCCGUACAGGUCUCAAUUCGCUGCGCACUUCGGAUGGCACCGAAAAAGGUGGCUACGUCUGCGAUGUCUGUGGCAAUUUUUACGAGAAGCGUGGACGCAUGAUGGAACAUCGUCGGCGUCACGAUGCUAUCUGCCAAUACCAGUGCGAACUCUGCGAUGCCAAAUUCCAGGUGCGCGAACAGCUGCGCAAGCAUAUGUAUUCCCACACAGGCAGCAAGCCGUAUAAGUGCAGCUACUGCAGCCGCCAGUUCUUCUAUGAGAGUGUGCUAAAAUCGCACGAGAACGUGCAUCGUGGUAUCAAGCCCUAUGUGUGCAAGGUAUGCGAUAAGCCAUUCGCAUACGCUCACUCUCUGACUAAGCACCAGCUGAUACACUCGGACAUUAAGCUAUAUCGAUGCGACUACUGCCAAAAAGAUUUCCGCCUGCUUCAUCACAUGCGACAGCACGAGGAGACAAAGUGUCAUCAGAAUGCUGUGAUGCUAGCCGAAACACUAAAGUAUGAUCGUGAGGAGCAGGACAACGAUCUGCUUGCUGUCGAUGAGUUAAAGGACGUUAGGCUACGGUUAACGCAGCAACAUAUGCUUACUUAGAUGUUCAUACAUAUGUACAAUUAGACCACUGCGUAUUGAAGGUCCGUGUACUACUCUUAAGUAGGUCCUAAAUCUGAUCACAUCAAAACAUGAUUUCACUAUUCAACAAGUGUAAUAAUAUUAAUUAAUUAUCUAAUAAUAUGUAAUGAUAAUAAACUUGCAGCAGCGAGAAAGGGAAGUGUCUUUCGACCACCUCUGCAUCCCCGUCAUGAUCGUACGUUCUCGUACGUUCUCUUA